AAUUUAAAUUAUAAUACAUCAAUCUCUAAUUUUUUUAGUCUUCUAUGUAAUUUUUUAAAAUUUUAUUUUAAGAAAAGAUAUUCACGAUUUAUGAACAUCCAUUUCAAAUGUACCGCCGACGCUUCCUAGCAUGGUCCGCUCUUUUUCUCAUCACAAACUCAAAACUUUUAUUCUUCGCAGACGCGCCACCGCCGUUUCGCUCUUCUCCACUGUUUCCUCCUCCACCGUUCCUCUGAUCACCUCCACUCUCCUCCAGCAAUGCAAGUCUCUCUUCCAGGCCAAACUCAUCCAUCAGCAACUCCUCAUCCAAGGCCUCACCGACCAGCUUACCACCCACCUAAUUUCAGCAUACAUCGCCCACAAUGCACCUUCCACUGCCAUACCGCUUCUCGAGCGCCUCGUCCCAUCAGCUGCGGCGGUUUUCUGUUGGAAUUCUCUUAUUCGUCGCUCCGUGACCCUCGGCUUCCUCCAUGAUGUGCAUUCUUUGUUUCUCAGGAUGCAGAGGCUUGGCUGGCGGGCUGACCAAUACACCUUCCCUUUCGUUCUUAAAGCCUGCGGCGAGAUUCCGUCUUUUGGCCGAGGGGCUUCCGUUCAUGCUCUCGUUUGCGGUUACGGGUUUGAGUCCAAUGUCUUUGUUUGUAAUGCGAUUGUGGCAAUGUAUGCCCGGUGUGGCGCAUUGGAGGACGCGAGGCAGAUGUUCGAUGAAAUGUGUGGGAGAGGGGUUUGUGAUGUUGUCUCAUGGAACUCCAUUGUAUCUGCUUACGGGCAGAUUGGCAAGGCGAGGAAAGCGCUGGAGUUAUUUUAUAGGAUGACUGAUGAGUUUUUGGUCCGCCCAGAUGUUGUUAGCCUUGUCAAUGUGCUUCCUGCUUGUGCUUCUCUGGGCGCACUGUUGCAGGGCAAGCAGGCCCAUGGUUUUGCAGUGAGAAGUGGCUUGGGUGAUGAUAUUUUUGUGGGUAAUGCUCUGGUGGAUAUGUAUGCCAAGUGUGGAGUGAUGGAGGAGGCAAAGAAGGUUUUUGAAAGGAUGAAAAUGAAGGAUGUAAUUUCUUGGAACACCAUGGUUACUGGGUAUUCUCAGAUUGGUGGAUUUGAUGAGGCUCUUGGUUUGUUUGAGAAGAUGAGGACAGAGAAAAUUGAGUUGGAUGUGGUGACUUGGAGUGCUGUCAUAGCAGGGUAUGCUCAAAAGGGAUACGGUCCCCAGGCAUUGGAUGUGUUUAGGCAAAUGCAGCUGUCUGGGUCAAAAGCAAAUUCUGUUACACUUGUCUCAGUCCUUUCAGGUUGUGCUUCAAGUGGAGCAUUACUUCAGGGUAAGGAGAUUCAUUCUCAUGUCAUCAAAUGUAUUUUGAACAUUGAUGAGAUUGAUCAAGAGAAUUAUCUUUUGGUGAUAACUGCUCUGAUUGACAUGUAUGCUAAGUGCAAAAGUAUCAAUAUAGCCCGUUGCUUAUUUGACUCAGUUGCGACAAGUGAUAGGACCGUUGCUACUUGGACUGUCAUGAUUGGAGGAUAUGCUCAGCGUGGGGAAGCCAAUUAUGCAUUAGAACUUUUUUCCGAAAUGUUUCAAGAACAUAAAACUGUGAAGCCGAAUGCUUUUACCUUAUGCUGUGCUUUGAUGGCUUGUGCUCGUUUGUCUACACUGAGGCUUGGUAGACAAAUACAUGCAUAUGUGUUUCGCAAUCAAUAUGAAUCUGCAUCAGUGCUUUUCUUGGAAAAUUGCCUUAUAGAUAUGUAUUCAAAAUGUGGGAAUAUUGAUGUUGCUCGAGUUGUGUUUGAUAACAUGCAGCAGAAAAAUUCCGUUUCUUGGACAUCCCUAUUGACAGGUUAUGGUAUCCAUGGCCGGGGUGAAGAUGCUAUUGCAGUUUUUGAUGAUAUGAGGGUGGCAGGUCUGGACCCUGAUGGUAUAACCUUUCUGGCUGUGCUCUAUGCUUGCAGCCAUUCACGAAUGGUCGAUCAGGGAGUCAGAUACUUCAAUAACAUGCAUACAGAGUGUGGGGUUGUUCCUAGUUUGGAACAUUAUGCUUGUAUGGUUGAUCUACUGGGUCAUGCUGGUCAAUUGGAUGAAGCCAUAAAGCUUAUUGAGAGCAUGCCUAUGGAGCCAGCCCCAGUAGUGUGGGUGGCCUUACUUAGUGGCUGCAGGAUUCAUGCAAAUGUUGAACUUGGGGAAUAUGCUGCAAACAGAUUGAUGGAAUUGGAGUCUGAGAAUGAUGGAUCUUAUACACUACUUUCAAACAUAUAUGCCAGUGCCAGGCGUUGGAAAGAUGUAGCACGUAUCAGAUCUUUGAUGAAAUAUACAGGGAUCAAGAAAAGACCAGGCUGCAGUUGGAUUCAAGGAAAGAAAGGCACAGCAACCUUCUUUGCUGGUGACAGGACUCAUCCAGAGUCGGAACAAAUAUACGAGCUUCUUGCAAGCUUAAUUCAACGCAUCAAAACCAUGGGAUAUGUUCCAGAGACAAGCUUUGCACUUCAUGAUGUAGAUGAUGAGGAGAAAGAUGAUCUUCUCUUUGAGCACAGUGAGAAAUUAGCUCUGGCCUAUGGCAUUCUAACAACAGAUCUGGGGUUGCCUAUACGAAUCACCAAGAACCUGCGUGUCUGUGGUGAUUGCCAUAGUGCCAUUACUUACAUAUCCAUGAUUGUUGAACAUGAAAUUGUACUAAGGGACUCAAGCCGUUUCCAUCAUUUCAAGAACGGAUCUUGUUCUUGCAGAGGAUACUGGUAAUGCUGAAUUAUUGAUCUUGAAGUAUCAAACACAAUUAUAGGGUACAUGCCUAGUUUAUUAAACAGUACUGGGGAAAUACCAUUAAAAAAAACAGUGCUGGAGAGAUAUUUAUAUUUAUUAAUCUACACUUCGGUGAUUGUAUUUGUUGAGCAGCUCUAUUUUGGAUAAAUUUCCUGACUUCCUCAAUGAGCAAUUUGGACUCUGGCAAGUCUGGCAUAGAAUAAAACACCUGAAAAGCA